UACACAGUUGGCCGUUUUGUUUGGCGUGGCAGGUCUCAAGUUGUCUUCUGCCGGCUAAAUUCUAUUUUUUCUUUCUUUUUGACUUUUUGAACCAGCAGAAACGGUAAACAUCGUAGAAAACAGGAUGAGUGGGACAGGUCUUGACGCAAGGUUGUCCUUUGUAUUUGCUACAAUGCUGGCCGUUCUAAUAUUUUGUCUGAUGCAAAUACAGAAGCAAUGGUUUUCUUCUUCCCAAGUGCACACUAUAUUAGGAGGUUACCUAGGUUCUCUUCUAUUUACAUUUUUAUUAACUGCUAUUGGAAAUAUGGAAUCAAUCAUGUUUGGACCAAGGUUUCACACUAAAUUAUUUCCAGAAGUAAUAAUUUGCUUGGGGGUCUCCCUCUUGGCUACUGGAAUGGUACAUCGAGUCUGCACUACAACUUGCUUCCUGUUUUCUGUAAUUGGCCUGUAUUACAUAAACAAAACAUCAAAACAGCUCUUUCCUGCUCCAGUUCCAGUGACUGUUUCGAGUAAAAAGAAGAAAUAGUUUUUUUCCUCUUUAAUAAAUUUUGUUGGUUCAGCCUUUUUAUUUUUUAUUUUUAUGUAAAUGUAUGUAUUGGUAUAUUACUUUUUAUGGCUCAGAUAAAUAUAUAAACAUUCCGAA